UAGCUAACGUUGCUAUUAAGGUGUUCCAAGCACCUAAAAAGAGGACAGCCCGUUGUUCCACCAACUCUGGAGGUCUUGUUGGAUCAGCAGCGCUAUGUUGCCGACCACGCAGACCCAUGGCAACGGCAGCUUGAGCUCGCGGGACGCGGCCCGCCACACGGCCGGCGCUAAACGCUACAAGUACCUGCGCAGGCUUCUCCACUUCCGACAGAUGGACUUUGAGUUCGCCAUGUGGCAAAUGCUCUAUCUGUUCACAUCACCUCAGAAGGUCUACCGCAACUUCCAUUACCGCAAACAGACUAAAGACCAGUGGGCUCGCGACGACCCCGCCUUUCUUGUGCUCCUAAGCAUUUGGCUAUGUGUGUCGACUGUGGGCUUUGGUCUAGUCCUGGGGAUGGGCUUUGUGGAGACAUUAAAGCUGUUGCUUUGGGUGGUGUUUAUUGACUGUAUUGGUGUUGGCUUGCUCAUAUCUACCCUCAUGUGGGUUGUCACGAAUAAGUACCUCAUGAAACACCCCAGUAAGGACUACGAUGUGGAGUGGGGGUAUGCCUUUGACGUGCAUCUUAACGCCUUCUACCCACUAUUGGUCAUCCUGCACUUCCUACAGCUUUUCUUCAUCAACCACAUCAUUUUCAUUAACUACGACUGGUUUGUCGGAUACUUUGUUGGAAACACACUGUGGCUGAUUGCCAUUGGUUAUUAUAUAUACAUCACCUUUCUGGGCUACAGCGCAUUGCCUUUUCUGAAGAAUACGGUGGUGUUGCUUUAUCCGUUCGCUCUGCUCGUGCUCCUCUACAUUCUCUCCAUCACGUUGGGCUGGAACUUCACCAAAGGCCUCUGCUCGUUCUAUAAACUCAGAGUCCAAUAGAGGGCGCCAGAGCUCAAACAAAUAAAGGACAGUCACUGCCUCUGAGCGGCCUCGCUUUCGACAGACUCGGUGUGGAACCAACUGUCAGUCACACUCUGUUUAACGUUUUUUUUUUUCUUCCUUAUUUCUUGAGAGGGAAUGGAACGGCUAUGGUUUUGUAUACUUUGUAAAUAAUAUUUCUGGUUGUAGAUAAAAAAAAAAGAGAAAACAAUCGAUUGUGGACUGUUUAUAAGGUGAUUUUUUUUUAACUUGACAAGUAUUCAAUUUUCAUUUGCCGGAGAGAGAGAUUAUGAAAAAUAACAUAACGGAUGAGGUGCGUAAGUAUGUUUGAUCACCACGUUUCCAGACAGUGAACAUUCCUGAUUCGAAGACAGCAUUCACCUACAAUAAAAAUGGUUUUAAGACGUCG